CCCCCCUCCCCGCCGGAAGACGUGCUACCUGGCUGGGGUUAGUGUGCGCGAUCCUGCGCAGGGCUCGGGGGCGAUUCCGUGUGCUUGGGUCGGCCUCCUGCCUAGGAAGAGAAGGGACAGAUGUCUCCCCCUUUGGGAUCCUUGUUCCUUCCCAGCUCAGCCUGCUGAAGACCAAGACCUGGCCCAGUCAGGGAGCCUGGAGCCAGAGGUUAUGGCCCCUGGAACCCAGAGAUCCCCAUCCCGGGAGUGGGUGACACUCAAGGAUGUGGCUGUGGACUUCACUGAGGAGGAGUGGCGCCUCUUGGACCAUUCUCAGAAAGAUCUGUACAGGGAAGUCAUGCUGGAGAAUGUCCAGAACCUUCUUUCCCUGGGACUUCCAGUUCUUAGAGAAGACUUGACCUUCCCUUUUCAGCCAGGGAUGGCGGAGCCAAAAGGCCCAAGGAGCUCCUGUCCAGAUGCAGAGACCAGUUUGGAAGUGAAUGAGAACACUACAAAGCUAAGAAAUUUUAUGGAAGAAUCUGGCCUCCCCAAAUUCAUAAGUGACAGUGCCUGUGACUUCAAUUUUAGAGGAAUUUGUCACUCUAAUACCAAGGUAGAUAACAAUCCGAAGAGUGACUAUGAAAUUAAUGAAAUCGGAAAGAGAGCCAGAAUGUCUUCUAUCCUAAAUCACAGUAAGAAAAUGACUUUGGGAAAGGACUGUUUUCAGGACAGUGAAUCUAGCAAAUGUUUUCCUGAACAAGUAGAGCUUUUUAAGCCUCAUGAGAAACCUCCUGAAAUGCAGAUUUAUCAUGGUAAGCAACAGGAAAUGGCCCUUAGCUGGAGUUCAGACCUCAUCAGACAUCAAAAAAAUACUAGAGAAUUGCUUUAUGUAAGUGAUAAAAGUGGAAAGACCUUCAAGCAGAACUCUAAUCUUACUACUCAUGAGAAAAUUCACAUUGAAAAGGAGCCUGAUGAAUGUAAUGAAUGUGAAGUAGCCAUUUCUCAUCACUCAUCUCUUCCUUAUCCUAGAUUUCGUACUGGAAUUAAAAAAACAUAUACCUGUAGUCAGUGUGGGAAGGUCUUUGGUUGGAACUCAGAUCUUAUUAGACAUCAGGAGAUUCAUACUGGAGAGAAGUUUCAUAAAUGUAAUGAAUGUGGGCAAGGCUUCUGCUAUAGAACACUCCUUAUUGGACAUCAGAGAAGCCACACCGGAGAGAAACCUUAUGAAUAUAAUCCAUGUGGAAAGGUUUCAGAUAUAGCUUCAAAUAUGACUUCACCUCAGAGAAUCUGCACUGGUAAGAAAAACUGUAAGCAUAAUCAAAAUGGAAAGGCUCCAAUUGGAACUCCAAAGAGUUCCAAUCUUGUUGUACAUCAGAGAAUCUGUGCUGGAGAGAAACCUCAUGAAUGCAAUCAAUGUGGAAAGACUUUCCACAAGAAGUGUCAUCUUGAUGCCCAUCAGAGAAAUCACACUGGAGAGAAACCUUUUGAAUGUAAUCAAUGUGGAAAGACUUUCAAACAGAGCUGCAAUCUCACUGUCCAUCAGAGAAUUCACACUGGAGAGAAACCUUAUGAAUGUAAUCAGUGUGAAAAGGCUUUCCGAACAAAGUCCCAUCUUGCUGUUCAUCAGAGAAUUCACACUGGGGAGAAACCUUAUGAAUGUAAUCAAUGUGGGAAGACUUUCCGAACAAACUCCCAUCUUGCUUUACAUAAGAGAAUCCACACUGUAGAGAAACCUUAUGAAUGUAAUCAGUGUGGAAAGGCUUUCACAAAGAGCUCCAGUCUUGUUACACAUCAGAGAAUACACACUGGUGAGAAACCUUAUGAAUGUAAUCAAUGUGGAAAGGCUUUCACACAGAGGGCCAAUUUUGCUACACAUCAGAGAAUCCACUCUGGAGAGAAACCUUAUGAAUGUAAUCAGUGUGGAAAGGCUUUCACAGUGAGGGGCAAUCUUGCUGCACAUCAGAAAAUCCACACUGGAGAGAAACCUUUUGAAUGUAAUCAAUGUGGAAAGACUUUCAAAUAUAGCCCUAGUCUUGCUAGCCAUCAAAGAAUUCAUACUGGAGAGAAACCUUUUGAAUGUAAGCAGUGUGGAAAGACUUUCAGAUACAACUCCAGUCUUGGUAAGCAUCAGAGAAUCCACAGUAAAAACAACAAUGUGGAGAAAGUUUAUGAAUGUAAUCAGUGUGGAAAGGGUUUCACAAAAAAUUCCCAUCUUACUGGCCAUGAAAAUAUCCACAAUGUGGAGAAACCUUAUGAAUGUAAUCAGUGUGGACAGGCUUUUACACAUAGGGCCAACUUUGCUAAACAGGAGAGAAUCCACACUGGAGAGAAACUUUGUGAAUUAUAACAUUUAAAAGGUAUGAGAUACAUAGUUUCUGGGUAAUUGAUCAUUUUUUAAAUGAUACUAGCAUUUUAUUAAAAAGGGGGUUGGUGACACUCUCAAAUGCCAAAGACCUUUCAUGGCAAUGUGAUCACAGUUUAUAUGCCCUUGGAAGAGUAGGCAUUCCUGAGGGUGGCAAUCAACUCUAAUUGGUUAACAAGUAAUGAGAGAAUGAAUAUUGCAGGGAGAGGCUGGCUAAAUGUAACUUUGAUUAAAUCAUUUACUUCUAAGUUUUCCAGCCUUGGGCAAUCGAAUCUGAGAAUUCAUCUCCAUAAAGCACUUCUCAACCUUGAAUUCCUUUUAAGGUUGGAAAGGUCUGACCAUGAUUGAGGAGAAAAUUCAAUCUUAGAGAGUAAGCUUUGAAAUAAGGACUUUAGAGUAAAGGGGAAGUCUGGAUCUCUCCAAAUCAUUGUUUAGUAAUAAUCAUUUCUUUCAAUACUAUCAGUGUUGAAAGGAUUUCACUGGGAAGGGCAAUCUUGAUGCAAUCAGAAUCCACACUAGAGAGAUUUUUUUUUUUUGGUGGGGCAAUGGGGGUUAAGUGACUUGCCCAGAGUCACACAGCUAGUAAGUGUCAAGUGUCUGAGGCCAGAUUUGAACUCAGGUACUCCUGAAUCCAGGGCCGGUGCUUUAUCCAUUGCACCACCUAGCUGCCCCCAAGAGAAAUAUUAUGAAUGUCAUCAACAUGGAAAGGCUUUUUCAAAGAGCUCUAGGCUUUCUGCACAUCAGAGACUCCACACUGGAGGGAAACCUGAUGGGUGUCAUGUAUAUUAUAGCUUUUGGUUACUACUCAGCUUAUUUAAUGUAGAAUUCACAGUGGAAAGAAAUCUAAGGAAAAUAAGCAAUGUACUUGAGCCUUCAUCUCUCAUUUCUCAUCAGAAACUUCACAUUACAUGGAAGUAUCACUGUCAUGAAUGAGGAAUGGUAUUCCAAUGGAGUUCAGAGCUUGUUCAACAUUAAAAAAUUCAUUCUGAUUACCCAGCUCUGUGUAGACUCAAUAUGGAAGACUUUCAGAGGUCACUUACUUUUGUUUUUUUGUUUGUUUUGUUUUGUUUUUUGCGGGGCAA